AUGUCUGAGCGUGCAGACACCAAGCCUCAGGUCCAUUGCUGCUCCAACAUCAAGUGCUUUAGGUCUGUGACAGAGAUGCCUCACUGCUCUAAGCUGAGAACCGUGGACAGCACAGACGACCACGAUACCCAGACAUGCCCAGAGACGUCUGAGGCCUCGGGUUUGGAUCCUUUGCCCCAGAAUAAAUUUAAUGUCAAAGCUUUUCUCUGGAGAAAUGCUUUUGUGCUUCUCACUGUGGUUGCUAUUGUCAUAGGGGUCAGCCUGGGUUUCGCUCUGCGAUCCACUAACAUUACAGAGAGGGAAAUUAAAUACCUUACCUUUCCUGGAGAGCUGCUGAUGACAAUGCUGCAGAUGUUGGUGCUUCCUCUCAUCAUCUCCAGUCUGAUCACAGGCAUGUCAUCUGUGGACAGGAAGGCUUACGGGAAAAUGGGGCUCCACGCUCUUUGCUAUUACACAAUGACAACCCUCAUGGCUGUGUUGACUGGCAUCCUCCUAGUUGUUUUUAUCCAGCCGGGGAAAUCACCCAGUCACGUCUCAGUGUCCCCUGGUGGCCAAGCGGAGGCUGUGCAGACUGUGGAUGCCUUUCUGGAUCUGAUCAGAAACAUGUUUCCUCCAAACCUGGUGACAGCUUGUUUCAGAAAGUAUAAAACGGUUUAUUCUAAAAGUAAAAGUCUUGGUGUCGUCAAUCUGACUCAGACAAAUGACACAGUGCCAAUGCCAGGCACUGUAGAAGGAGUCAAUAUUUUGGGUUUAUUGGUCUUCUGCAUCGCCUUUGGCCUCAUCCUGGGCAGUAUGGAGAGUGAGGCGAAACUUGUGAAGGAUGUUUUUGACUGUCUUAAUAAAGCAAUCAUGCACUUGAUCAGUAUUGUCAUCUGGUAUUCCCCAGCAGGAAUCCUCUUCUUGGUUGGAGGAGAGAUUUUGAAGAUGAAGGACAUUAGAGUUAUAGGACGCCAGCUUGCCAUGUAUAUUCUCACUGUAACCACUGGCCUGGCAAUUCACAGCUUUUUCACCCUGCCCCUCAUCUAUUUUAUUUUCACACGCAAGAAUCCCUUCAGGUUUAUGGUUGGUCUCCUCCAGGCUCUCACCACCGCCUUUGGGACUUCAUCCAGCUCUGCGACUCUACCCAUCACCAUCCACUGUCUGGAGGAGAAUCUCAAAAUGGACAAACGGGUGACACGCUUCAUGGUGCCUGUAGGGGCCGCCGUGACGAUGGAUGGUACAGCACUCUAUGAGGCAGUAGCCUCUAUAUUCAUAGCCCAGGUUCAUUAUAUGGAACUUGAUGUGGGUCAACUCAUCAUCAUCAGUAUAACUGCCACAGUAGCAGCUAUCGGGGCAACAGGUAUCCCACAGGGCGGUAUGGUUUCCAUGGCGAUAGUGUUGACAUCAGUUGGACUGCCCCUUGAGGGCAUUUCAUUUAUCAUCGCAGUUGACUGGAUGUUGGAUCGGUUGAGGACGGCCACCAAUGUGCUGGGUGACUGUAUCGGUGUGGGUGUAGUGCAGCAUCUCUCCAGACAUGAGCUGCAGGGUCCCGCAGAAGAAUGCUUGGUAGAAGAAAAGAGAGAGAAACCUUCUGACUGAGAGGCCGUACCAAUACGCAACCUCGCUUCAUGUUCUUCCUGCAGCAAGAUAUAGUGUUUUCAUUUAAGCACAAUUAAUGUUCAGGAAAAUUAAUGGUGGCACCACUGGAGACAGUAACUAAAUAUACCAUUUCUAUUCUACAAGGACAAACAAAUGAAUUUUUCUUACCAUACCCUGGAUGAUUUAACUGGCAUCAUCAAAAAUGUUACAGUAAAAGUUAUCUAAAAAAAUGUAAAUAUAUACCCAGUCCAUUUCAGGAACAUUUUCACACAGAUUUUGUGUGAAUAAGUUUUAAUGAAAUGAAAUCAGUGUUGAAAUCAAGGUUAACAACAGUCCUAAAAACUCGUUAUGAUACAAAACUAACCCUAUUGAAUCAUUGUUUUUUUUUUCCUCUUUAGUAUCUGCAAGUUGUAUAUUUUUUUCAAGAAAAAUUGCAGCUGCUUUCUGAUUUUUUUAACAUGUAUUUAUGUAGAAAAGGGAGAAUUUACCAUCAAUCAACAUUCAAAUAAAUGCAAAUGUACCCAAAAACCCAAAAGGCAAGUUUUCAUCAGAAGCCCCUUUUUGAAGCAUUUUAUGAGAAAUUGCCAUGAUAUUUUAAAGUUGCAGGCUGCAGGAAUAAAUGUAAUUGUGAUUUGUUUUAGUGAUGCUGUUUUGGAGGGAAUACACACCCUGUGUACGCUCAUGUCAACAUGAAGUUGUUGUGAAGUCCCUUGUAAAUGAUAAUAUAAGUGCAACAGAAGAGAAGAUUAUAUGUAUUCUUCCAAAUGUUUUGUAGAAACACCACAGGGAUUGAACAAAACUGGUCCAGCAAGCUUUGUUAAUUCCUGUUUUUGCAGGAUUGCAAGUUGAUGGAGGCACAAGUUUCACAAGAUGUUUUACCAAUAUUUUGUUGUUCUGUCAUAAUCAACAACGCUUCAGCCUCGAUAUCCAAAACA